UAUCACUCCGUACAAGUCUCCCAUACUCUUGCUUUGAUUCCAGACUUGACAAUUGGCAAGUACAACAAUGCGCCAACGAAUAACAUACAUCCAAAAACCCUCUUUACCUUUCCACCCCUCUCAAACAACGCUCACCCGCGACUCCCUAUACGUCGAAUCCCUCGACGCUGCCCGCGAAGAACGCGUGACUUUUAGCUUCGACGAAUUACCUAGUGAGCUCUGGCAGGUCCUGCGACAAUGCCACCAGCUUCAUAUUCGGUGGGCUAGUGAGAGGGCAUUUGAGGCUGUUUCGCCGUUGUCGAGUCGGAUAAGUCCUGGCUUGCAUGUGUUUUACUCGCCGGUCGAGGCCGGAAGGGCGAAGCGGGAUAGUGAGGGGAGGGAGCCGCUGUGCACAUUACUGAAGAAGGUGUUUGAUGACGAUAUAUCGCAUGCACUGACAAUGAGUGGGUUCUGGUCCCAGGCUCCAGGGGAGCAGGGGUGGACAGAGACAAUCGGAAAGCAUGAAGGUGGGACAGAUAAAGUGGAGAUUGGUCUUUUGGGAGCAGAGCCCGCGAGUGAGCCGGAGGAGAUAAAAGUCGGUGGAUUGUUGGCUGUUGUUGGGCAGGAUGAGGAGCUGAAACCUACACUGUUCUCGUUCCCCUCACGACAUCAUCCGCUCCAUGAAGAUGCAACGUACUCGGUCACGUUUCCGCCUCCAACUGGUUUGCAUCCUACGAUGACCAUCUCGAUAGCACCGGAAGCGCUCAAGGAGCCCCCGCGGCGUCCUGACGCAACCUGUGCGCUGCAUGCCUACCUCACCUUGCCUUCUAAACUAUUCGGCGAUAAGUACCAGCUUUCGACCACAGACCCGUUGUUCCUCAAGUCCCAUAAUCUGGCCUCUCUCCGGGCAGUGGCAGGGGAGACGGACCUCGAAGCUCCGGACUGGUCCAUAUCUCGCUGGGGGUCGAACUGGCUGCUUGAACUAGCUAGCCCGUCUGAGUCGGACGAGGUCGCGGAAGAGUGGAACAUCACAAUCCCUCUACACCUGCGAUAUCUGCCCCCGUCAGAAUCAGGGUACCAACCCGCAUCAGUACCCUGGCCCGUGGUUUUCUGGGCGUGUAGCGCGGAAGAUGGCACAAAAAUGGGAGUGAAUCCAUUUGAUCGUAUAAACUUGGGAUGGGAGGGACUAUUUGGCCCUCGAACAAUGUUCUACCAGCUACACCCUUCGCCGAGUCCUGAAGGUGGCAACCUGGUAGAGGAAUUGGAGGUACCAGUUCUUACACUGAAGGAAAACAGUGGUAUCUUCAAUAGUCAGGUCAUUGAGCUGGGCACAUUCGCAGUUAUCUCCAUUGGCUUCUUGUGGGUGCUGUGGAAGUUGGGCUUAGUGGCACGCUCAUCGGGAAUCCGGCCGCAGCAUCAACGCAACCCCGGAAAGAGGGAUAAAGCUGAAUAGGCGGUCUCUAGCUUGGUACGCUGCGAAUCUAGUGAUUGCUCCUCGGC